AUGGGUGUAGCCCAAUCAACAUAUUUUGAACGCCAUCAGAAAGAAACAUGUAUUCUUGCUGUCAUUUUUGCUUCAAUUGGCUUACUUCUUCUAUGUGUUGGUGUCGGUACACCAUCGUGGAAUAUUGAUUAUGAUUCUUCAGGAACGACACCUAAAUGGUAUACAACUUUUUAUUAUACAUGUUAUGCUACGAAUAAUACAUGUUGGUAUAAUCAAUAUUUAUCAUCAAUUGUUAAUUAUUAUGAACAACCACUAACACAAUCAACAGGGGUGUCAACUGAUUAUUAUGUUCGAUUAAGAAAUGCAGCUGGGUUAGCUAUGGUCGGUUUGUUAUUGAUUCCAUUUGGUUUGAUUGCUGCUAUAUUUUUAUCUAUACCUAGUCGCCAAUUUAAAGCAUUCAGUGGUCGUCUAAAUCUAAUUGCUGCUUUUCUACUGGCAAUUGCUGCUUUAUUUCAAGGUGCAGCCUUGUGUGAAGGUCAACAUCAACUUUAUUAUAAUGGUUAUUCAGCAAACCUAUAUCAAACUGGUCAUGCCUUAACAAUUUGUGCUAUACCAUUAUGUGCAUUUGUAGCUGGAAAAAUCUAUUUUUAA